AUCACACUUUUUACGAGGCCACAAAGCACGCGCAAUUGACAAUACACACACACACACACACGAAACCAAAAUAUUGCAGGAGACAAAAAACCACACCUAAUUUAAUGGAAGGUCCUCCGGCCACCAUGCCGGCGCCGCUACUGCUCCUCAGAAACAUCGUCACCUCCUUCUUUUUAUACGCCGAUAAAUCUCUCCUUAAUCUCGAACACCGCUACAAAUUUCUCGCUUCCCUCCGUUACAUCCUUAUCUCCGCCUUCUUUUUCUUGCUGAAUAUCUUUUCUCAUGAAUAUUCGAAAAAUGUUUCGAAAACGAGUAAAAAUAUACCGGCCGCCCGGACGUAUCCGGGCGACACGGGUAUUUCACGGGCACUCACACAGUUGCUGUCUAUAAUGAACGAUGUUCCGGUGAGUUCUAGAAAGUACGAGAUUGUUCGGACGUUGUCGGAGAAAGUACUUGAUGGAAAUAUGUCAGAAUGUCACGCGCCUCUCGAGGAAAUUAAUGUUGUUGUACUUUCGGCGGCGUUUUCGAGGACGUUAUUACAGCUGGAAAGUAGGGUUGCGGUAAUCGAGGAUGAUUCUGAAAUAAUUGAGGGGGCAAAAGGUAAUUUUAGUAAGUUGAGCCGUGUGGCGCGAGCCGUGUGGUAUUGUUUGGAGGCGGCUUGGAGCCGGAUGGGGAUGAGCGAAGUGAAUAAGGGGGGAAAGUCGGCGGAGAAGCUGGCGGCUGAGGUGCUUUGGCUGGCUCAGAAGCUGGCUCAGUGUGGGAAUGUUGAGGAAGCUGUGGAGCGGUGGGGUUCGGCUAAUAAGUUGGCUUGGCUCGCUUUGUCGGCUGAGCCGAGGUUACAGGGUUCUCUUGUCAAAGUUUCAGUGUUUUUACUUAAACAAGCGAAAGAUAUCGGAAACGACAAAGAAGAUGAUGAAGGAAACAGAGAGAGACACAAGCAAACAAAGAUAAAGUUGUUGAUGUCCUGGCUACCAUUGUUAUGUAGAGCUACCAAUGGCACAGAUACCCCGUUGUUGAGCUUUAGUGAGAAAGGUGAGAUAGAAAGAGUCUUGGAGGUGAUCAUAGAAGCUUUAAAUAACGAAGAACAAGAAAAGAUAUUGUCUCUUUGGCUACAUCAUUAUAUCCACUGUCCCACCUCCGACUGGCCUAACCUCCAGGAUUGCUAUUCACGGUGGUGCAACAGUUCAAGGAGACUCUUAAUCCUUCAGUAAUGGUAAUGCAUCCAUAACUAGUUAGCCAGAAGAUACCACGGAAUGUCUUAAAUGUGCCCUACGUUUUAUGAAUUGAAGGAAAACCAGAAUAUUAAUAUAUAAUCUCUAUGAAGGGAAUGAUCAACAUCUUGAACUUCAUCUUGAUUACUUUAUAA